UAUAAAAGAAUAUUAACAAAACAUUUUAUAUACGAGUCUUAAUUUUGAAUACAAUCUGCCAAGAUGUCUCAACUGAUCAUUCUGUUCAUAAGCAGUUUUCUUGUAGUUGCAACCUACGGAGAACGAGUAACUCCUGCCCCAAUAACCUGCAAAACGAACGAAGUUUACCUACCCCAAGGAAAGGCACCAAACUGUGAUACUGUUUGCAGCACAUUAGGAGACAUUUGCAAUGUAAAAAACGUAUGGGCUCCAUUUGGUUGUUAUUGUAUCAAAGGUUAUGCUAGAAAUGCUAACAAUAUUUGCAUACCAAUUCGAAAAUGUCCACCAAAACCAAUAAAAUCUACUACAAUUAAACCAACUACAACAGUGAAACCAGCACCAGCAUCCACAAACGUAUGCAAAAUCAAUGAAAAAUGGAUGGAUAAAGGUAAAGAUUGUGAUACUGUUUGCAGUGAAUUGGGAGAACCAUGUUAUACAAAUUGGUUUGUUCAACCAUCUGGUUGUUACUGUGAAGAUGGUUAUGCUAGAGAUGGAAACAAUGCUUGUAUUUUAAUAAACCAAUGCCCACCAAAGGCUUUAAAUAAUAAUGUUACAUUGAAAUAAAGUAAUUAAAUAUU